AUGAGAAGUUCAGUUGUUAUAGAUCACUUCUGCAUUUACAGUUACAAAGAGAUCCGCCAACAGUUUGGUUGUCUAUCGAAAUUAGAUUCAACCAUAUCAAAAAAAUGCAUCAUAAAUUGUACACCGCACAAUAAUGCUGUUAUGUCAGUGGCAUCUAAUUUCAAACAUUUGGUGCUUAAUGGUGAUUCUACAAUGGCUGAGAAAUAUCUCAACAAAUCAUGCGAACAUGUUUUAUGUUCGCUUCAUUGCGAUAUUCCAGCAAUAGCUUAUUCAUGUGGGCAUCAUACAGCAAAUCUGGUCCUUAAUUUAACCCGGAAAUCCUUUAGAUCUAUGAAAGCGAUGGCUUUAGACACGGGAGCAGUGGCAAAGUAA